UUUGAGACACUUUGUCAGGAAGUAAAUGCCAAUUACGCUGAGAAAACGUGAUGGGAGACAUGUCGUGAAAAACUGUAAAAACACCUCUUCAGGUAUUGGGACGCCAGUUUUGAUGAAAAAUUGAAAAGAGAUAGUUCUAAAAGCUUGGGGAAAAUGUUUAACGAAACGAACAACUGGCUGAUAAAUGCAAAUAGUACAUUCAAUAAAUCACACAAAAAAGUAUCUGAUGUGUUUUACGUUCGCGGGAUUGCGAGUAUUUCUCUGGCUCUGAUCACAAGUGUGGGCAACGGACUUGUCAUAUUGCUUUUUAUCAAGGAUCCUCACAAGAAGAUUCGCAAAUCGCCAACAAACAUUCUCGUUACAAGCCUUGCUCUAGUUGACUUCAUCGUUGGAUUUGUUUUGGAACCAGUUGGUGCUUAUUGGUAUCUGACGACCUAUUUUCGGCAAAAGCAACUAUUUGAUCACAAGUACCUAGAAAUAGCAGAGGCAUUUUUAUUACUUGUUUCAGUACUUCACUUGCUUGGAAUCACACGAGACCGCUAUUUAGCCAUUCUUAACCCCUUGGAGUACUGCUCACAAAGAAAACCUUGCAAAAGGCGUUCUUAUUCCACUGUGGUCUUCAUAUGGCUGUACUGCAGUGUUCUGGUGUUGGGAUUGAGAUUCAUGGGCAAGAACUACAUUAGAAACAUUCUGUAUUGUCUUCAUGUCGAUUUAGCUGUUAUUGUUUCCGUUGCUCUUUUCUGCUGUAUUAUGCGUUCUCUACAUAGGCAAACGUUGUGUCUUCAAAGCCUCAACGUUGUGCAAGUAAUAGCUGCCAGGUCCAUCCAGAGAGAGAGAAAGGUUACCAAGACUAUGGGGCUCAUGCUGGCUGUCUUUCUCAUUUGUACGCUACCUUGGUUUCUAAUGAUGCAAAUUCUACCCCUCUGUUCAGCCUGUAAACAACAUUUAGAUAUUCUCGUUUGGGUGUUUAAACUCUGUUUUGUCCUUUUUCAAGCUAACUGUGCUUUUAAUCCAUUUCUUUGUGCUUGGAGGCUCCCUAAAUACAGAGCAGCCAUUAGUUAUUUACUGUAUGCCAGUAAGCAAACGUUCUCUCGAAGAAGCUUUCCCGAAACUACGCGGUCUGUAUCGCUACAAACAUUUUCUUCGUCAAGAACAAAUUUGAGUGAUUUGGCUAGAUGUUCUCACAUCCAAAUAGUACCCAAAUAGUUUAUAUUAUUCAGGAUCAAUUAUUACUAAUAUAAAUAUAACUUUAUACUCCCCAAA